UGCCUCCCAUUGGCCAAGGCGCCAGUGGCGCUGGGAGGGCGACGCAGUCCGGUCUAGUUCAGGGUCUAGGGCGGCGCGUCACUUCCGGUAGCGCGGAGCUUGUAAAACACCCUGGAGAGAAAAUGGCGGCAGCAACGGCUUCGGCGCCUCAACAGCUCUCGGAUGAGGAGCUUUUCUCUCAGCUCCGCCGUUACGGCCUGUCUCCUGGCCCAGUGACGGAGAGCACCCGCCCGGUCUACCUCAAGAAGCUGAAGAAGCUUCGAGAGGAAGAGCAGCAGCAGCACCGGUCCGGGGGCCGCAGCACCAAGACGCGGAACAGUAAUAACAAUAACACGGCAACCGCCACGGUCGCCGCCGCGGCAGCAGCGGCGGCGGCCGUGGGGAUGGGGGUCCGGCAGGUCUCAGGCGACCUCUCCUACUUACGGACUCCUGGAGGCUUGGGCCGGAUCUCGGCUUCUGGCCCGGAGAGCCCCUUGGGAGGGCCCGGGGGCGCCUCGGCCGCCCCCACGGCUGGCAGCAAAGUACUGCUGGGCUUCAGCUCGGACGAGUCGGACGUGGAGGCCAGUCCCCGGGACCAGGCCGGCGGCGGCGGGGGCGGCGGCGGCGGCGGCGGCGGCUGCGGCGGCGGGAGGAAAGACCGGGCUCCGCUCCAGUAUCGCGGGCUCAAACCGACGUCGGCGCCCCUGGCCUCCAGCGAGGUGACUAACAGCAACUCGGCCGAGCGGAGGAAGCCCCACUCGUGGUGGGGGGCCAGGAGGCCGGCGGCUGCCGAACUGCAGAGCCCGUCGGGGAGAGAUGGGGCGGCGGAUGACGGGGAGCAGGAGGGAGAGGACGGCGAGGAUAGGGACCCGGAGGCCGAGGAGCCGCUGUGGUCCGGCCGGACCGUGAAUGGCAGCCGGCUUCUCCCCUACAGCUGCCGGGAGAACUAUUCGGACUCGGAAGAAGAGGAGGACGACGACGUGGCCUCCAGCAGACAGGUAUUGAAGGACGACUCCCUUUCCCGGCAUCGGCCCAGGCGGGGCCAUAGUAAGCCUCUCUCUCCCCUGCCUGCGAAAUCGGCCGGCGGCCGACUGGAGACCUCAGUUCAGGGAGGGGGAGGAAUCGCGAUGAAUGACAGGGCGGCGGCCGCUGGGAGUCUAGACAGGAGCCGAAACGUCGAAGAGUCGUCGUCGUCGUCGGCGGCGGCGGCGGCGGAGCAGGGAGGAGGGUUUGAUCCCCCGGACUCCAGCCCCAUUCCUAGAUACCGCGUUAACGCUAAGAAACUGGCCCCUCUCCUGCAGCCACCGCUCGCGGACGUGGACUCAACCUUGGAUUCGUCCACAGGCUCCCUUCUUAAAACCAAUAAUCAUAUCGGCGGUGUGGCCUUCGGCGUGGACUCCCCCAGGAUUUUUUCCAACAGCCUCCCUCCCAGUGCGGCGGUGGCCGCCUCUGGUUCACUCAGGAUCAAUCACUCCAAUCAUACGGGCUCCAAUCAUACCUACCUGAAGAACACAUAUAACAAACAGAAGCUUUCCGAACCUGAGGAGGAACUUCUCCAGCAAUUUAAACGGGAGGAGGUGUCCCCAACUGGGGGUUUCAGUGCCCACUACUUGUCGAUGUUUCUCUUAACUGCUGCCUGCCUAUUUUUCCUCAUAUUGGGACUGACUUACCUAGGAAUGAGAGGGACAGGAGUCUCCGAGGAUGGAGGACUCAGCAUAAAAAACCCCUUUGAUGAAACAUUUGGAAACAUAAAAGAAAGUGAGAAAAAUCAUAUGAUGAACACUUUAUACAAGCUUCAUGAUCGAUUGGCACAGCUUGCAGGAGAUCAUGAAUGUGGCAGUUCUAGUCAGAGAACACUUUCUGUCCAAGAGGCAGCUGCAUAUUUGAAAGAUUUAGGUCCUGAAUAUGAAGAUACAUUUAACAUCUCAUUGCAGUGGAUUUUGGAAAAUGGAAAAGAUGUUGGAAUAAGGUGUGUUGGUUAUGGCCCUGAGGAAGAAUUGACAGAUAUAGUUGAUGUACACUUUUUGCAAUCCACAAGACCACAGAUGUCCUUCUGGUGUCGUUUUCGACGUGCUUUUAUUACUGUCACCCACAGGUUAUUGUUGUUAUGCUUAGGUGUAGUGAUGGUUUGCGUUGUUCUGCGUUACAUGAAAUAUCGCUGGACAAAAGAGGAAGAAGAAACAAGGCAGAUGUAUGAUAUGGUGGUAAAGAUUAUAGAUGUUUUACGAAGUCAUAAUGAAGCUUGCCAGGAAAAUAAAGAUUUACAGCCUUACAUGCCUAUUCCCCAUGUGCGAAAUUCCUUAAUACAGCCUCACGACAGGAGAAAAAUGAAGAAAGUCUGGGAUAGAGCUGUUGACUUCCUUGCUGCUAAUGAGUCUAGAGUUCGCACGGAAACACGAAGAAUAGGUGGUGCAGAUUUUCUAGUUUGGCGGUGGAUCCAGCCUUCUGCAUCCUGUGACAAAAUAUUAGUAAUACCUUCUAAAGUGUGGCAAGGUCAAGCAUUUCAUUUAGAUAGAAGAAAUUCACCACCAAAUAGUUUGACGCCAUGUCUAAAGAUUCGAAAUAUGUUUGAUCCAGUUAUGGAAAUAGGGGAUCAGUGGCAUUUGGCAAUUCAAGAAGCAAUUUUAGAAAAAUGCAGUGAUAAUGAUGGCAUUGUUCACAUUGCAGUAGACAAAAAUUCACGUGAGGGUUGUGUAUAUGUUAAAUGUCUGUCUCCAGAAUAUGCUGGGAAAGCUUUUAAGGCAUUGCAUGGCUCUUGGUUUGAUGGGAAAUUGGUUACAGUAAAAUAUUUACGACUAGAUAGAUAUCACCAUCGCUUUCCCCAAGCUCUUACUUGCAACACUCCCUUGAAGCCAUCAAAUAAACAUAUGAACUCUAUGUCUCAUCUUCGUCUUCGGACUGGCCUAGCCAAUUCUCAAGGAGGUUCCUGAAAAGACUUUCUUCCACUCCUAGGACUGUUCUUUACAAUAGGAAAAUUCCUGUUUGGCUUCGUCUCCCUUUUUAAAUGCUUUUUGUAUGUAAUAUUUUUAUUGAGUACAGAUCUGUUUGAACGUUCCAGAAAUCUUAAGGUUCCAAAGGGACUUAGCAGUGAAGCAGCAAUGCUGAGUAGAUAGAAUAAUUGUUUCAUUCAGUUUUUGGAGCUCAGUUAAGCCAAUGCACUUAAAGUUUUGCAUGAGGAACAUUGACCUUAUUAAGCAUUUUCAGAUGUGGUGGUUGUUAAUUUUGCACCAAGAAGUGUUUGGAUAACCACACAAAAGCAUGGUGAAAAGGCUUCUUGUAUUUCCGUAAUUUCCUGUAAACUAAUGUUGUGAAUUUUUGUAUACAGUCACCUACAUAGUUCCUUACAGGCUAAUGUGGUAAAACUGUUAAUUUCCCAAUUUAAUCUUAGGUUUCUAUUGCUUGUAAGAGAUUCAUUUGCUAUAGCUGGAAUAUGGGAAAAUCAAUCUGGGUUUAGUGGUUACAUAUAAGUAUAAGUGGAUGUACAUGUACUUAAACUGGCUUUUGUAUAUAUGUAUAAAUGCUGGUGAUGGCGAAAGUAGUCUUGUUUUGUGAGGAUAUCUGCAUUAAAGCAGUAAAAUAAGCUUCCUAUUUUAUUCAUAAUCUAAUGUAUAUAUAUAUGUAUGUGUAUAUAUGUGUGUAUGUAUAUAUAUAUGUAUGUGUAUAUGUGUAUAUAUACACACACAUAUAUACAUAUGGCUGUACUAUCAUAUAGAUCAAACAGCCAAACACCUGGAAGUAUUAGAUAAAAGUUUAAAAUAUCUUUUAUAGGUUUUAUAUAAAAAUGUCUGAGUAUGAUAUUGUGUGAAAGUUCUGAUACCAGUUGUAAGGGAUUCAAAUUUAUGUGAGCAAUAAAAAAGCAAUUGGCAGACAUUGGAAAAGUAUUUUGUGAAAAGCUGUAUUUAUUAUAAAUACUAGGGCUAUGACAUAGUACCAUUGGGAUUAAGUCAUUUUCCCAAUCUAUUUAUAAUUUAAUGAGAUGUUAGCUUCCCUGUUGUAUGUCAAGUUUAAAGCAGGGCACAUUGUUGCAGCAAAAUGUGUAUUUGAGAAAUUAUAUUUGCAAUUUUGGGUCAUGAAAGUUUGCAGUAUAGUAAAUGCAGGAGUGAUGGUUGCUUUGUGCCUCAGUAUUUACUUUGUUUCAGUGAAGUUACCUUAUUACUGUUUAUGAUUUCAGAUUAAAAUAGUUACGGAGCAAAGUUUACUUGUAAUGUAACAAUUGGCUUUUUAAAAAUAACAUGUUGAUAUGUCAUUGUCAGUCCAAAUGAAUAUGUGAAACAGCUGGAAUUGUACCAAUUUUGAUUUUGUUUAAAGCUCAGUUUUCUUUUUUUUUUUAAUUGUAUAUGUGUUGGGUUUGCAGCAUGAACUUGCACAGUUAAUGCACGUUUUCUGGUUAAGUAAACAUGAUGCACACUGUUCUGUAACAGAAAACCCUAUUGUGCCUUACCUAUGUGCUUUUGUGGGCACCAUGUUUAUGAAGAAUAAAAAAUGAUUUGUUAUCUGAAGAGAAUAAAUUUUAAAUUCUCAGUUUAUGUCUCAGAUGCUAAAGUGUGAAAAAAUAUAUAUAAUAUAUAAAAUAACUAAUCUUUCUGUAUUUUAUGUGCAUCACAGUGAUUUAUCUGUGCUUAGUGACCCCAUCUUGUGACCUGUUAUAAGAGUGAAUGUAAAAAAUAGUUGUGGCAUUUUAAGAGGUCGCCUUUUGAUGCAGAUGCAUCUUUUUCUUGCUUCUAAAACAUAUUCCAUGUAAACAUUGUACAUUUAUUAUUGUAAUAUAUACUUUUAUGCAGCUUAUUUUACCUGAAACUGUUAAGCCGACCAAGAUCCCUCCCUGCAAGACAGAUGGGAAUGUGUAUAAUAACUAGAUAUUUGAGAAGUUCUGAAGUUUGAUGUAAUCUGUUACUUGUCCUGUUUAAAAAAAGGAAAAAAUUCUAAUUAAAAAUUUAUUAGGUUUUUUUUUUUAAA